CACUUCGUGCCCUUGAUGAGGCGGUCCCAUGCCGUCGUAGGAUCCCUCCGUCGUAUAUAUACACCCUGAGCCAGGCUCUGCAGGGCAUAACACGGCAAGUCAAGCUCUGUUGAGUACCUUAGCGCUUCAGAAGAAUCCGCUCUUCAACUGGUGAAAGAUGCACGCCCAAACCACAGUCGUAGUGGCACUCUUGGCCGCCCUAGUGAGCUCGCAGGUCAACGCCCAGGUGCCAGACGCUAUCAGGAAGCUGCGGGAACCUCUGACCAAAAUCAGCCUCCGAGAAAUGUUUACGAACAUGGAGAAUCCCAACACAGUCACUUUCUACACCAAGUGCGUCAUCGGAGAGGCGACUUGUGACAGAGUCGGUCACGCUCUCAAACAUAUUCUGACUGACCACAUCCCUGGACAGAAUCUCUGCCACGGCUGCACUGACUGCGAGAGGGAGCGCCUCGAUUACGUCAUUGAUAUCGUCAAGGAGAAGUACCCCAAACACGCAUGCGCCGUGCAAAAUAGCUUGAAAAAGAAUUUGUUUGGCACUAGCGUGUGCGCAUAAUCGAAGGGGAAACGUUGAGAUGGAGGGAGAGGGUUAUCGGUGCUAAACACAGUGUUGUUCCUUCCUUUUGAAUAAAUAGAGUUUUAUCGAAUAUAUAGACUAA